GGGAUUUGUUGGAUCACCAUUUACAUGAUGCAACAACCAGUGUGAUGGGGUUGUUACAUGGAUCAGACUAGACAGGGGAGUGGCUACUGCAUCUUGGUUUCAAAAAUUUCCCACAGUGCGGGUUCAUCACAUUGCGGGUUCCCUAUCUGAUCACUGUCCAUUGUGGAUAUGUUCUGAUGAUGAGAAUGCCUGUUUCUACAAGAGAGGCAGGCCGUUCUGAUUUGAAGUGAUGUGAAUGAAAGAUGACAGGUGUGAGGGGGUGAUCAAGGAUGCUUGGGUGGAACAACAUUGGGGUAAUCCUAUCAACAGGCUAGUUACAAAGGUUGAAGCAUGCUACACAAAAUUGAAAACUUGGAAUAGAACCUCCUUUGGCCAUAUCCGAAGCUUACUAGAGAAGAAGAGGAAGUUACUAGCUCAAGCUGAAGCCUUAUUAAUGACAAGACGAAAUCAUGAGCAACUACGAACUCUCAAAGGGGAAGUGUACGAGUUAAUGGUCAAGGAGGACGCAAUGUGGCACCAAAGGUUGAGGGUGGAGUGGCUUAAGGCUGGUGACCUCAACACUAGCUAUUUCCAUAGCCGUGCAACCCAACGAAAUCGGAGGAACUUCAUCUCUAAGUUGAAUGGGGAAGAUGGUCAGGUGGUUGAGGAUGAGCAGAAGAUUGGAGAGAUGAUGGCAUCUUAUUUUAGUGAACUAUUCACAACAGCAGCACCUUCUGACCUUGAUCCAAUCCUUCAAGGGAUUGAGAGAAAAGUCACGCCGCAAAUGAUUCAAGAGUUGACCAGAGAGUACACGGCAAAAGAGGUGGAGGUUGCAUUGAAACAAAUGAAAUCCAUUUCAGCACCCGGUCCAGACGAAGGAUUACAUGCCCUUAUUAAGCAAGCAGCAGCCAUUGGUACCAUCUCUGGAGUUUCCUUAUGCCGUGAGGGUCCUAAGGUGACUCAUUUAUUUUUCAUGGACGAUAGCUUGCUGUUCUGUAAAGCAAACAGCCAUGAAUGCAAUUCUGUCCUGGAGUUAUUAGAGAAGUAUGAAAGAGCAUCGGGUCAAAGGAUCAAUCAGGAUAAAACCCAACUAUUUUUCAGCUCCAAUACAAACCAGCAAGUCAGAAAUUCAAUUAAGGGCAGAUUGGGUGUUGCGGUCUCCCAUCAAUUUGAUAAGUACUUAAGACUACCGUCCUUUGUGGACAGAGGGAAGAAGCAAAGUUUUAGCUACAUUCGUGAGAGGAUUUGGUAGAAAAUUCAAGGUUGGAAGGAGCAACUACUUUCACAAGCGAGUAGGGAAGUAUUGAUCAAAUCUAUUUUGCAAGCCAUGCCAACAUACUCCAAGAAUUGCUUUAAACUACCGAGAAGCUUAUGUAAGGACAUCGAGUCUCGCAUUCAAAAAUUCGGGUGGGGUUAUAGAGGAGAGCAACGUAAAACUCAUUGGGUGGCGUGGAAUAAACUUUGUCUCCCUAAAUGCCAAGGUGGUUUGGGAUUUCGAGACACUGAAAACUUCAACCUUGCCCUCCUUGGAAAACAAGUAUGGAGGCUAAUACACAAUCAGGAUUCUCUUUUCUACAAGGUUUUUAAAGCCAAAUUCUUCCCAACCUACUCAAUCAUGGAUGAAGGGGUCAAGACCAAUGGAUCUUAUGCAUGGCAGAGUAUACUUAAGGCUUACCAAGUAGUUGACAUGGGAUCUUAUUGGAGGAUUGGAGAUGGCUGUAGUGUAUUGAUCAGAGGGAACAAGUGGUUGCCAGGUUUACAUCACAGCAAAGUUCUCUCACCCCAAAAUCACUUCCCUAUGAAUACGAAGGUUUGUGCUUUGAUGAAUGAAAAUGGUACUAGCUGGGAUGCUGACCGAGUUAGGAGAGAAUUUCUACCUUAUAAGGCUAAGGAGAUC